GUCAGUUCGAGGCGCCGCCGCCGCCGCUGCAGCCGCCGGAGCCGAGAUGCCUAAAGGAGGUAGAAAGGGAGGCCACAAAGGCCGAGUGAGGCAGUAUACGAGCCCGGAGGAGAUCGAUGCCCAGCUACAGGCUGAGAAGCAGAAGGCCAACGAAGAAGAUGAACAAGAAGAAGGUGGAGAUGGGGCUUCAGGUGACCCAAAAAAGGAAAAGAAAUCUCUAGACUCAGAUGAAAGUGAAGAUGAAGAUGAUGACUACCAGCAAAAGCGAAAAGGCGUGGAGGGGCUCAUUGACAUUGAGAACCCCAACCGCGUGGCACAGACAACUAAGAAGGUCACGCAACUGGAUCUGGACGGGCCAAAGGAGCUUUCAAGGAGAGAAAGAGAAGAAAUAGAGAAGCAAAAAGCAAAAGAACGCUACAUGAAGAUGCAUUUGGCUGGGAAGACAGAGCAGGCCAAGGCUGAUCUCGCCCGGCUGGCAAUCAUCCGGAAACAGCGGGAGGAGGCAGCAAGAAAGAAAGAGGAAGAAAGGAAAGCAAAAGAUGACGCAACUUUGUCAGGAAAACGAAUGCAGUCGCUGUCCCUGAAUAAGUAAGCUGGCCUGUGGGAGGAGAUGCCGGGGAACUGGGCCGUGCCGCCAGGACCUCUGCCAUGUCUCACCCACCCUGUGCCCUGGCGCCGCUGCAGCAGCCCCUAUGGCCAGGGGCCCCUACGGCCUGGGGCCUCCUCUUCAUCUUGGCACAGAAAUUGUUCAGGGGAUGUGGGGGGGCUGGGGGAGGGGCAGCUGCUAUCUUUGAGACAGAAAGAUGCAGGACAGCAUUUCAUACGUAACCAUUUGAAUGUUUCUGCUGUUUUUAGAAUUUGGAACCCUGGUUUGGGAGGGGGGGUGCCUGGGAAGUGGGGUGAGGAGAUUCCAUUUGUCCAGUAGAUUGCACGCUAGCGUGGGAGGGGGGGUGCCAGCAGGCAGCUGCUGUGGGAAUUGAUGACAACCAGCCCAGAUUGUCUGGGUGCUCACUCAGAGGGGCUCCAGGAGCCUGUGCCGUGAAAGGGCCAAGGUUUGUGCCUGGCCAGUUCCGUCCGAUGAGGCCUCUCCUCUCUGUUCUGUCCCCUUCCCACCCACCUGGUCUGGGCUAGUGCCCGUUUUUAACCCUACCCAUUGAUCAUUUCAAGAAACCUCUGGUUACCAUGCGUCACCCAGACAAGACAUGCUCCUCAAAUUCAACUUGUAUAUUUGGCAGAUUAAACGACAACAUCGUAAUUCCUUGUUUGGCAGUUUCUCUAUCAGCUAUCUCUAUCUUUGCUCAUGGCAGUACCAGCAGGGUUUAGGCACACACCUACCUGGGAAGACACUGUCAGGCUUUUGCACAAAGUAAGGAUCAGGGCCUAGAUGUCCGUGACGUAAUAGAGACCUGGGAGGUUUCUGAGGGCCAGUCCUGAACCUACAGCAGACUGGAGCAGUGCUGAGCUGCCCCUGUGGUGCCCUGGCGCUGCCUGCCUGGUCAUAUCCUAGUCUUCUGCUGGAGGAAGGCUCCCAGGACUCCCCACAGCAGUCCUUGGCACUGUGACAGGGAGGAAGCAGGCCUGUUGCUAGCCAGUGAGUUACUUGUACAUUCAGGCCCAGUGAAAGGCUCCUGUCCUGGCCCCAUCUGAGUGAGAUACUGCAACUGAAUGACAUUGUCCUUUGUGCUUUCUAAGUUGGAGGGACGUAAGGGUCUGGAUGUCUCAGGGUCAGAUAUGGGUGUGGCUGCCAGAGACUCAAGCAUAACUUAAUGGCAGAGAUGACAUUUGAGUCCAUUUUUAGUGACCACUACCACAUGCCUUUGGGCUUGACUCUGAUUGAUGGCCUCUGGAGAGGAUCCUGCAGCUACCCAGAUUCAAGGUUGGCUCCAAAAUGAGGAAGGUGAUAGCCUUUUAACAACGCCCUAAUGCCCUGUUGCUAGCUGUAGGACAGAGUAGUAAAAAGGUUUGUAAGAGGUCUGUGGGUGGGGUUCCAACACCAAAUUAAAGCGUGCUGCUUGGCUUGGGUGCAGAAGGGUGGGUGUGGCUUUUGCCCACUUGAAGGAGACCAUGGAUGUGGUGGCCUUCAGCGUAGGGCCUGUCAAACCUGAGGCCUAGGCUGAAUUAAAGAACUAAUGGGCACUU